CUCACAUCAUUAUUCAAUCUAAAAAAAUGUUAAAAAUUUAGUUUCUUGUAUGAACAUUUCUUCUCCGUUCUUAGCAGCAUUCUCCGCCACCCAUUCACCGUUCUCGCGGCCCACACCUCUAUCCUUCUUUUUUUCCUCAUCUCCUUCUUUCCUCUCUUCGUUUCUUAAUCCUCUUCUCCAUAUAUAUCAAUCAAAUUUAAUAUAUUAGUAGAUAUAAUAAUUAAUUAACAUGAUACCAAAAUGAUCUUCCAGCUUUAAUUUCUCUUGUUCUGAUUAUGAUUUUGGCCUCAAUUUUUCUAUGGUUAUUAAUUGUGCCUUGUGAUGAAGUAGGAUUCAUGAAGUUGGGAAAUAUGGCGAUGGCAGAUCAAGAUUUUAUGGCUACUUUACCAUUUGGAGGAUCAACCUCCUCUAGUGUGGUUGGAAGGUUCAUCCAACUUCCUCAAUGCGGUGGCCCUCCCAGUCGCGGGACAGACUCACCUCAAGACUUCGUCGGUGUCCACAACGUAGCUCGUGCACAAGUUGGCGUUGGGCCGAUUGAGUGGGACAAAACAGUAGCGAGUUUUGCUCAACAAUAUGCGAACCGACGCUUCAACGACUGUAGGCUAGUGAACUCUGGCGGACCUUACGGGGAGAAUAUUGCAUGGGGCAGCCCAGACUUAUCAGCCAAAGAUGCAGUUCAGUUGUGGGUGGAUGAGAAGCCAUUCUACAAUUAUGAGACCAAUACAUGUGCGGCUGGCGAGUUGUGUGGUCAUUACACUCAAGUAGUGUGGAGGAAGUCAGUCAGAAUAGGAUGUGCCAAAGUGAGAUGCACAGAUAAUAUUGGUGGCACAUUCAUCAUUUGCAACUAUGAACCCCCUGGCAAUUUCUUAUACCAAAGGCCAUAUUGAGAUAUGUAGGGUUUAAUUAUCUAGCCAAAAUAAGAUGAUAUCAAUAUGUAGGGCUUUAUUCAUCUUCUUUUUUUUCCUUCUCUUCUUCUUUCCUCUCUUUAUUUUUCUACCCUCCACCAUUUUUCUCUUUCUCCAAAUAUAUCAAUCAAAUUUAAUGUAUCUCAAAACAAUGUUAUUAUAUCUACCAAUAUCAUAUC